UCCUGAGUCAUCCUGCUGCGCCUCAGAGUGCGGAGUUUGAUCGUCCCGCUGCGGUCUCGGUGGUUGUUGGUGAUGGAGGGCUCCGUGUCCAACCUGGAGGUCUGUAAUUUAGCCUUCAGCGGUCAGCUGGACAGUCUGCGGCAGGCGGUCCUUUCUGAUAAAAGUCUGGCCUGUAAGGCGGAUCAGGACGGGAGGACAGCUCUGCACUGGGCCUGCUCUGCUGGACACGCGGACAUCGUGGACUUUCUGCUCAGUCUGGGAGCUGAAGUCAACCUGCAGGAUGAUGCCUCCUGGACUCCUCUGCACAUCGCUGCAUCUGCUGGCAGAGAAGACAUCGUGAGGUCUCUGAUAGGCAGAGGAGCUCAGCUCAACUCAGUCAACCAGAAUGGAUGCACCCCCCUGCACUAUGCUGCCUCUAAAGACAGAUACGAGAUCGCCUUACUUCUGCUGGAAAACGGAGCUGACCCAAAUGCCACCGAUAAGCUGGACUCCACCCCGCUGCACAGAGCGUCAGCCAAGGGGAACUACCGUCUCAUCCAGCUGCUCAUCAAGCAGAGCGCCUCAACCAACAUCCAGGAUUCACAGGGCAACACAGCACUCCAUCUGGCAUGUGAUGAAGAACGAGUGGAAGCGGCCAAGUUGCUGGUAGAACAUGGUGCCAGCAUUUAUAUCGAGAACAAGGAGGAGAAGACCCCCAUCCAGCUAGCCAGGGGUGGGUUGGGGAACCUUCUCCGUCGGAUCGUGGAGGGCUGAUGCUUUCACUGACCGGUCGGUCCUGGUUUGUCCUGAACCCCUACCAUCACGUUCCACUGAUGUCUGAGCUCCUCCUGGGCAGGCCUGCUGUUACUCUGUGUGAUCGGCGCCAUGUGAAAGAGGCCACGGUGUCAGAGGAACGCUCAGACUGUUCUGGCCUCAUCACCUUCUCCCAUUGGGGCUCUGAGACCAACAUGGUGUGUUUGCUUUGAAAGAAUAAAUAUAGAAGUGGAUAAUAAAAAACAUCAGGUGGUUUCAAAUAUCUGGUUGGAAUAAAUUUGUUGUAAUCCAAAUAAAAA